GUUUUUAUUCCACUGUCUUGCACUCGACCACUUUAUUACUCCAGUUAACUUAUCAACCUAUACAAAGGAGUCAUGUCGGAAUUCGAUGCUGAUAUCUAUGGUGACCUAUAUGGUGCCGACGUAACUGGACAAUCCCCAGUAGAGGAGACACAAUCACCCGCAGCAACUACGAAAACAGAAACAGCUGAGGUAGCAUCGACCCAAAUUCCGAAACCUAUCGUAAAGUCAGUCGAACCUAGCAAACUCGAACCCGGAACGACUCCAGUGUCAAUGACAUCUACGCACCAUAUACCCACCUAUGAAGAACCCUCAGAGAGCCGAUUUCCACGUACAGUUGGUGGCUACCAGAACAAUCCAAACAGUAGCUCGAGGCCUACCGAGUUGAAAGAAGACGGGAAAAUGUUCAUCGGAGGGCUCAAUUGGGACACAACCGAUGAAGGACUACGAGACUAUUUCUCCCAGUUUGGGGUAGUGGAUGCGUGCUCCAUCAUGCGAGACCCAGCCGGAAGAUCACGAUGUUUCGCUUUCCUAACCUUCCGAGACUCAGAAAGUGUCGACAAAGUCGUAGCCCAGUACGAACACAUUGUGGAUGGGAAAAUCAUUGACCCAAAGCGAGCCAUACCCCGCCACGAACACCAAAAAGCGACAAAGCUCUUUAUCGGCGGUUUACCGGGAACCAUCAACUCUGAAUCAAUGAGAGAGUUUUUCUCGCAGUAUGGCAAAGUGGUUGAAUCGACCGUUAUGUUAGACCAACAGACAGGAAGAAGUAAAGGGUUUGGGUUCGUAUCAUUCGAAGAUACGGAUGUCAAGCCGUUUUUAGGGUUUGGAAACUUGGCCAUCGACGGGAAACUCAUUGAUGUCAAAUUAGCCCAACCGCGUUAUCAACGAGAGGCAAACGAACAAGAGGGUGGUGGUGGUGGUGGUGGCAACUAUAACAACAACAACGUCAAUCGUGUCGCGGGUAAUGGCGCAGGGAUGGCAGGUGCCUUUGGUGGCGGCUUCAGUAAUACAGGCGGUAAUCUUGCAGGCGUCGGAGGGGGAGGACAAGGAAAUGCACCUUUUGACCCGCAGGCACUGGCUGCUCUUUACACACGGAUGUUCCAGAUGGCGAAUGGAAAUGUGAACAUGAUGAGUAGUAUGAAUCCUCAGAUGGCAAUGAUGGGGAAUGGCGGGAUGGGUGCUGGAAUGAUGGGCAAUAUGGGCAUGGGCACUGGCAUGGGUGGGGGAAUGGGUGGUGCUGUGAUGGGUGGUGCUGGGGUGGGCGGUGCUGGGGUAGGGGGUGUUGGUGGUGCUGCAAUGGGCAGAGGUGGUAUGAUGGGUCAACCUGGCGCUCAAGUUCCUAGAGGUCCAAGAGGAGGCCCACCGAGUGGUGGCGGCCCUCAACGAGUGGGACAGCGGGGACAUCACGGAUACCAUCCUUACUCCCGAUGA